AUGUCUUCCACCAAGAAAGCGAUCAAAUCAAUCAAAACACAUUUAGAAGCAAGAGAUUCCGAAACAGCGUUAUACGAAGCGACCAAUCUACUUAAAUCGAUCGGGGAAAGUGCACCCGAAGCAGCUAGCGUGUUGAUAUUCAGAGGUUUAGCUCUUACUCAAUUGCAACGCAAGGAAGAAGCUGAAAAGUCGUACCUUCAUGCAUACAAAUUACAACCAACGAAUCCGUUAGCAUCCGUAGGGCUCAGAAAACUGUACGAAAAGAAUGAAAGCUGGGAAAAACUGGGAUCGUUCCUGGAAGUACUGGUACAAGCAACUUAUGACGAUGGUGAUGGAGAGAAAUGUGCCGAGGCAUUACAAGAUCUAUCGGAGCUGAGAGUCAAGCAUGGGCCACCGGAGAAAUUGUAUAUAGCAUUGGAUCAACUUUUACCUUCCUCGCCCCUUGUACCUCUUCUACAAUCUUUGCCUCCUCCUGGAGGCUCAUAUGUCCCUUUCCCCGCUCCCAUAUAUCCACCUGCAUCAGCAGCUAUCUCUCCAUCCCUUCCAACACCCUUACCACAUGCAUUACAUCUAGUGGCAUCAUUACCUCUUUUAACCAAUCUCCUCGUUCGAGCCGAAUCAUCAGUAUACACAAACGUUGAAGCAAAAGUCAAAGCAGGAAGAUCCAGGAUAGGUGGUGGAACGGAGAAAGAGGUUAGACGAAAAGUGGAAGCUGAAGUACUUGGUGGUGAACUGGGUCUGAAAAUGGUGGAAUUAUUGAAAGAAGUGGGAUCGCAUCCUAAUGUGGCUGAGGACGUAAGGAGAGAAGUUGAAAUUAGAGAAUUCAAUUUCUGGAGAAAAUUGGGUUCAUGUUUACCACAUAAAAAAGACGAUAGGUCAGCACCUACAAAACCGGCCAAAAAGCCACCAACUCCAAAAUCAGAGUCGACAGAUUUGACUACUCCAGCUCUCUUUCAGCCUAAGGCAUAUCCACCAUUCAACAAGGAAGACGCCCUCGCACGAGCUAACAAUCUCGCUAACGGAUUCGUUCUCCUUGAAAUUACCGGAAAAGGAGCUGAAGAAGGCUGGUCAUGGGUGUUGGAAGGAAAAGACGAACCUACCCUUUUCUAUGAUAUUGAGCUGCUACAUAAAUAUGCCAAAGCUUUCCCCGAAUCGAAGAUGACAGAUUUCAUCGAUGAUUAUUGUAGAUGGUUCAAACUGCCUUUACCGGACCCAGAGGAGGAAGCGGAGGCAGUUGCAUCGACUGCAAAUGGAGAAUCUGCCCCUUCCAAUGUCAAGCAAACCAGAAAGCCUAGGAACAGAAAGGGAAGAAGUGGUAUGAACGCAAGGGAGCGUCGUAAAGCCCGUAGAGCCGCCGGUAAAGAAGGUCUAUUGACGGAAGAUCUCGAUCAAGAGGAAAGAGAGGAGUUAGUAUCUGGAAUGACGAAACUGCUUGAUCAAUUGCCUCGUUCGAUAUUUGCUCAUCGAGUUAUGGCAAGAAUCUCUUUACAAGAGGAAGACUGGUCAAAUGCAAUCGCAUUCGCUGACAAAGGUAGACAACUACUCAAAGAGCUCGAAAGUGAACGAGGAACAUCAAUGGCAAAUGUUCGAGCAUCACUUGAAACCAAUCUUGGUAUGGCGCUCGUGCCGUACUUUUCUCCAAAACACCAUCCUCGUGCAAUCCGACUGCUCGAUGGUGUUCUCAAGAGCUAUCCGAGCAAUGCCGAAGCGCGAUUUGCAAGAGCGCAGAUCCACCAAGCUGCUGGCAAAUGGGCAUAUGCGAGAAAAGAGUUCCAGACCCUCCUUGACUCUGGCGGAGAUGAAAAGGAUGUGGUUUCCUCAAAAGAGGAGCUGGGUUGGUGUUUUGUGAAUGAAGGCGAACUCGAAAAGGGUCGUGAGGUAUUGGAGGAAGUAGUAGAAAUAAGGGAUGCAAGGAAGGAGGAGCAAGAAGGCAAAGAUGAUGAAGCAUUUGCACGAGCGAGAGCAUGGUGGAGACUUGGUAAAACCGAAUGGAUGAUAGGAGAUCAAGAAAGUCGUCAGCAUGCAGAAGAAUGGUUCAUGGCAUCUAUUCGGGCUUUACCCACCUUUCCCUCCGCGUAUACAUCGCUCGGUAUAUGCUAUUCAUCGGCAAUUCCUCCAGAUGAAGAACGAGCCCUCAAAUGUUUCCAAAAAGCUUUCGAAUUAGAUGCUACCGAGACUGAAGCUGCGCACAAGCUCGCCAUCGGCUACGCCAAUGAAGACGAAUGGUCACUGGUCAGAACGAUCGCGGUCAGGGUCAUGGAAGGUGAAGGUGGUGUAGAUGGUGUGGCAGGUGGUGAGGUCAUGAAUGCCAAAGGAAGGUUUGCGCCUCAAAACGGUUGGGCAUGGAAGGCGCUAGGUUCGACAGAGGUGCAUUACAAAAACUAUGCCAAAGCCGCGCAAGCUUAUCAGAUCGCGCUUCGAGCGGAUCCAGAUGACGUCUCAAUGUGGGUUAUGCUUGGGGAGUCCUACGUCAAAAGUGGUCGACAUGUCGCAGGUUUGAAGACUUUGACGCAUGCUUUGGAACUACAACCCGACAAUUGGAGAGCACUAUAUAACAUCGGUGAUACUCAAGCUCAGCUCGGCGUCUUCGAUAAGGCCAUAGAAGCGUACGAAAUGGUCAUAGUAUUGACUGGAACCAAGGAGGUCGGGGUUACUGCCGCUCUUGCUCAGGCAAAUCUGUCAUUGGGUCGUCAGUCUGCUUCAGGAGGGUUCAGACAACGAUCAAGAAAUGCUUUACAUUCUGCGAUCCACCUAGCUACCGAAGUGCUUAGGGAUGGACGAAGUCAUCGAGCCUGGGCAUGGAAAACCAUUGGAGACGCGGCAUUCGUGCUCAGUAACGAGGAGUCAAGUCUGGACGAAGCCUUAGCCUCAUCUGAAGUGAUACAACCUGUCCUCCAGUAUCUCGUCGAGGAUGAUACAGAUCGACGAUCCCAAGUUGUGGGUUUAGGUCACGCAGCUAACCUACUACAAACAUCCCCUGACCUCGAAUAUACCCUGAAGACAUCUAUAUUCGCCUUCGCCUAUCGGGCGUAUCUCCUAAAAAACGAACCUCGAGUGGCGGACCCUGCGCUAUACGACUUGGCUUCCUCCCUUCAUUCACUCGCUCUGAGAUUAUCCGAUGGUGAGACGAAGAUAUCAUGCCUGAAAGCAGCUAUUUCUGCUAUUAGGUUAGCGUUGGAACGAGACGCUGGAGAUGAGAGGCUGUGGAACGCAUUAGGUGUCAUUUGCGGUACAGCUGGACCUCAAAUCGCUCAACACGCCUUCGUUGUGUCUUUGGAAUUGUAUUCUAAAGAUCCUGUCGUGUGGUCCAAUCUGGCGUAUCUCUAUCUGCGAUUGGACGAUCACGAACUAGCCAAUCAAUGUUUCCUCAAAGCCCAAAUCACCGAUCCUGAUUAUGCACCCGCAUGGUUUGGUCAAGGUAUGUUAGCAGAGAAAAACGGUGAAAAAGAUAACGCAAAAGCACUCUACUCUCACUCGGUUACUCUGUCGGCGGGAUCUCUGCUUGAAGCGGAUCUUGCUUUGGCAAUAACAACUUUCGAAAAAUUCCUCAUCCCCGGCGUCCAAAUCGAAACUCAUCUCUUGCACCAGCCUGCAUUUGCUCUUCGUCACUAUUGCCACCAAAGGCCAAACGAUUUCGCUGCCGCUCACCUUUACGCGCUGAUAUGCGAGCGACUCGGACUGGCUGAUGAAGCUGCUACAACGCUUGAAAGAGCCGCUGGACUGCUCGAAGAAGAGUUUGAAAGAACUGAAUCUGAUGAUAUCGAAACCAAAUACGCAAUUGCACUGUGCAAUCUUGGAAGGCUACAACUCGCUGCUAAAAAAUAUCAACCUUCUCUGGAAACGCUCAACAAUUGCUGGGAAUUGAUAUCUGAGACUACGGAUGGGACUAUCGCCGCACUAAAAAUACAAUGUAAACUGUUACAAGGUUUGACGUAUUAUUGGCUUGGUCAGAUUGAUGAAUCCCUUGAAGCGUUUCAAGGUAGUUUGGACGAAGCCUCUGCAUCGCAAGAUAUCAAGUCAAGAGAAGAAGUGGCUGUACUUCUGAGUAGGACACUAUGGGGUCUUGGAGGUGAAGAUGCUAAAGAAACUGCUAAGAGCAACCUAAUGGAGUGUUUAUCGCAAGAGAAGCCAUCCCUCAAAGUCAUAUCUACCUUGGCUGCGAUUUCGAUCGUUUCUUCUGAUGCUGAUCUUGAGGAAGCGGCAAUGUCGGAACUUCUUUCACGACCUCUCGAAUCUCGCAUACGAGAAGAUCCAGCCGGACAGUCAGAUCUGGUACUCUACCUUCAUGCCUUACUGGAAGGUAGAGCAGAAGAAGCUCAUGAAAUUCUUGAAAAGGCUCUGCAUGCUUCUCCGACGAAUAUCAAAGCCAGAAACAGACUUGCAGAAGCUCUGAUUCAAACUGGACACGCCAAAGAAGCAGUUACUACACUGGAAAACAGCGGGAAAGUAGACGAGGUGGAAAGUAAAGCCAAGAUGGAAAGAUUGAGAGGAACAGCGCAAAUCUUGGAUGGUAAUGAUAGUGGUAUAACAAAUUUACAGAAGAGUGUCAUGGUCACUCCUUGGGAAGAAGACAGUUGGAAUGCUCUGGCAUGGGGCAGGAAAUUGGCAGUGGAAGCUGACGGAGAGGAGGAUGCUUAG